GAAGAAGAAUUUGUGUGACGCAGCCUAUGGACGCAGCACGUACAGCGCAGUGACGUAGUGAGCACAGGGCGCUCUGCUGCUGGCGCUGAGUUUAAAGAGUAACCUGGAGGAGCUCUGCUGGGGAAAAACCUUCUCUAUAUUCAAUUCUUUUUAAAUAUCUUAUUUUUAAUCCGACCCGGGGAUGUCAGGAGAAAGCAUGCCUUUGCAGGACCUGCCCUGUCUGAGCCUCCAGACCUCCAUGCUGUCCCAGUCCAGCAGGAGGAGCAACAAGCGCAAGUCCAGGAGCUGCCUCAUUGAGGGACUGGACACUGAAUGCACCCCAUCAGACCUGAUCCAGCAGUGGUCCCCGAGCCACAAGCACCAGAGGCUGCUCUGCAAGGGGAAGGAGAAUGAGGAGAACCCGUUUGUGCUCGCCAGGAGGUCCAGGAGGAAAAGAGGACCCACAUCAGGUAUCUCAUGGGAUCAUCUCCCCGAGGAGCUCCUUCUCAGGAUCUUCCUCUACCUCCCUCUGCAGGAUCUCCUCCGAAUGUCCAGAGUUCGCAAGCGCUGGCAUCGCUUAGCGUUCGAUGAGUCUCUGUGGCACAGUGUGGACCUGGAGGGUCUGACCCACAUGGAUUCAGCUCUGCAGCAGGUGCUGAAGACCGGCGUCCGCAGGCUGCGCUGCCCUCGCUCCUUCAUGGAGGAGACACAAUUCACAGGGACUAGCCCGCUGCCGAUAGUCCAACUGGAUCUGUCGAGCUCUAUUAUUUCCACCUCGGCUCUGGAGAGCAUCAUCUGUCGCUGCAUGCUGCUGGAGCAUCUGAGCCUGGAGGGUCUGCAGCUCUCAGACACCAUCAUCACCUCUCUGUCCAAAAACACAAACCUCCUGCAGCUGAACCUGAGCGGCUGCUCUGGCUUCUCCGCUGCUCCGCUGGCCGACACGUUGAAAUCCUGCAGCAGAAUAGAGCAGCUGAACAUCUCAUGGUGUGACUUCAGUAAUAAUCAUGUGAAGAGUGUGGUGGAGAAUCUGAGCCCGGCUGUGACGAAGCUCAACUUCAGCGGCUACAGAGAGAGCCUCACACUGGACGAUGUGAAGGUGCUGGUGACGAGAUGCCCCCAAAUCCAGAUUCUAGACUUAAGUGACAGCACUCUGCUGAUGGCCGACAGCUUCCACGUCCUCAAACAGCUGACACAUCUUCAGCAGCUGUCUCUGAGCCGCUGCUACCACAUCCACCUCGCUGCACUCACGGAUCUGGGCCAGAUGUUCCCCUCGCUGUCCUUCCUGGAGGUUUUCGGUCUCAUUCAGGACCCUCAGCUCGUCUCUCUGAAGAAGGAGCUUCCUCGGAUCAGCAUCAACUCCCGCCCGUUCUCCAGCAUCGCCCGGCCCACGCCAGCCUGCAGACCCUACAACGACUGCGCCAUGUGGAACAGGAAGUGUCGUCUGAGGGUGAAACUGUAAACCUCAGCGUUACGUUACGUGUCAGUGUUGUUGCUGCUGGUGGAAUUAAGGGUCCUGGAAACGCCCGCUUUUAGGGAAACGUUAAAUUUAGGAUUGGGUGCUGAAUCCAGUUUUUCUUGAAUGUUUUAAUUCAGACUUUUAGUGAAUUUUUGGAUCCGUUUGGGUUCGAAUAAUGUCUUAAUUUAAAAUAUGUUGUCAUGAAAACGUGGUUUUAAAAGGCUCAAAUGAAUGUCGACGUCUAUCAGAUGUCUGUAAAUACUUGGAGCUGCUGAUGUCUCAGACAUUUUACAGGAAGUCGAGCUCUCGGCUGAAUAAUGAGAUGAAACCUGGGAUUUAAAUCAGUGACAAAGUUUUAAUGUAAAACAAAAGAUCACUCCAAACCAGCUGUGAAUAUCUGUGAAACCACUGUUACAGGAAACAUCACGUUCAGAUUUUACUGCUUCAGGUUAUCAUUAAUGUACAUGAGUUUCAUGAUGACCUGAUUAUGUCAAUGUAUAACGUGCUGUAUGCUCGGUGUUGUCGUCAUUUCAAACGUCAUACAGGCGGACGUUUACUGUUUUUACCUUAAGUUCGUUUUUUCAGUAAAACAAGUAAUCUUAAACUUC